UCAAAGACUCCCAAGAUGAGUACUAUGAUAUUUUGCCGUGAAUGUAACAACAUUCUAUAUCCAAAGGAGGACAGAGCCAACAAGACUCUCCUCUAUGCAUGCCGCAACUGCGAUCACCAGGAGGUUGCUGAGAACAACUGUGUCUUCAGAAAUGAGUUAAAUCUCUCGGUACGCGCUCAGAUAUUGCAGGAUGUAACCGCAGAUCCAACUCUUCCUCGGACUAGGACGGUUCGUUGUGCUCAGUGCAGCCAUGAACAAGCUGUCUUCUUUCAGGCAACGGGUACAGGGGAGGAGGGGAUGACAUUAUUCUUUGUUUGUUGCAAUCCCAACUGUGGCCAUAACUGGAGAGGUUGACUUUCAUUCGUGCACCGUAUUAUUCAAAUACAAUUAGUGAACAAAACUUGUAAUAAUAACUUCUUAAGCCAUUGAAAAGUCUCAAACAUUUGACUUUAUCCCCUGGUUGGGGGCCAUAUAUCAAGAUUACUAGAUGACAAUACAACUCAA